UUUGAUUCUUAUCCAUUUGAUCUCGGCUAAGUCUCUUAGAUAUGUUAUCUUCACUGAACCAAACUGGGAGGUUGCUUGGGGAAACAGCCGAACGUUCACACAAUGUCGCUACGAACUCUGUCAGACAAGUUUCAUCUCCUGAUCAUGUUAUAAACGAAUGUCUUUCCGGGACCGUCACAAAAAAUAGCGAAAAGAGAAAGAGACAACGCCAGGAAUCUCAGGAGGCGCAGAACUUCCUUCAGCCUCCAUUGGGUAACCCUGUGUUGACGCCUGAAAUUCGAAGCCAUGAAAUAUCUGACAAGCAAAUGGCCAUAGACCCAUGGCAAUUCGGAAUUCUGGUCGGAGAAUCGUCAUCCGUGGUUAAUCGAAAUGCCUAUUCGACUUCACCCGAAAUUGCACCCGAGUCGUUGAGUAGAAGGAACCGCAUUAUUGAACAUUCGCACUUCCCACAAUCACAUUCAGCCUCCCUUACCGGCAAUGCGUCCUCUCUUACCGGCGACGUAUAUCAGUUGAACACCAACGACGUCAUCGUGGUGGCACUUUCUGGAUUGACAACAGGCCCGAUUUAUCUCACAGACCCAUACUACCAAAACGUUUCACCAUUCAUCAAUGUGCCGAUAACAGAAGACCUGAAAAAACAAUUCAUCAAAUGGAGGCAUCGAGUUAUGUAAUUCACUAUAUUUUCCCCAUCUCAAUAUAUGCGACCCGUGGAGCGCCGGAUGCUCUGAAACACCAUGAACUGUUCCACGGGACUAUCGUCCGACCAGAAUCGACAUCCAGAUAUACACCACCAAUUAGUGAAUCCGUCAACUUAUCGUAAAUACGUAUUGCACCUCGACUUGCAGUGAGAUCGACUACAAUCGCAUUUGUCUCGGUAGAAGGCUCCGUUGGGUCUCCAAUAUUCACGCUAAUCCAUCUAAUUGUCGCCGACUCAUCACAGAUGCCCUAGAAUCUGUCAGUCUUUGCUGAGGUGAAGUUGGAGUAGUAGUUACUCUAUUUUUAGCUGUUCCCAAGAUUUCGUCUUCGCUUGAGACAGCGACUUUCUGAAUGCUUUGACUCAUGAUCGAAUCGAGAAAUCUUUCAAGGGGGAAGAAUUAAAGUUCCAGCGGUUGACUGCUAGGCGAGAAGUGAGCGAAGUGUCUUCUCCGGAACUGGAAACAGUAGAGAAACUGGGUUUUCAAACGAGGCGUAAUGACAGAAUCGAGGAGUAUCGGGUUGUGAAGUUUAUGCUGGUCUUGAACGCUUGCGAUAUAUGGGCGGCAGUCAGUAGCUGGAUGUAGGCUACUAGCACGUCACGUAGUCGGAAAAGAGUCAUUCUACUCAGUAAACCCUAAGUAAAUAUAUUAGGCACCGAUGCGUGUCCUCGAGCAAAAGAAUAUCAUAGGUC